AUCUUGAAUUGUCACACCCUUCCUCUCAGCUGAUCAGCGCAAAUAAGUUUAGGUGACGGUGCGUAUGUUCCUUCGUCUAAACAUGGCUAAACGGGUGCUCUGUCGUUUGGGUCAGUGGUGUUCACGUGUUUUCGCAGUGGAGUGCGAACCUAACUCGGAUCCGGUUUAUUUUGGCUUGAGCAAAAAUCCGCAGGCAAGCCUAUCUGGCGAGCAACAGACUUUUGAAAAAAUAUUUGGUGGGGCGAAAAGUUAUUCGCUCCACAUUUGCACCGAUGACCGAUUUCAAAGAGCGAUGCGGUAUGAAGAUCUUAAAAAUAACUUAAUUUCGGCGUUACCAAGAGGCAGCUUAUUGGACGUGUUCUCUUUUCUCCCAGAUGUGAAAAACUCGUUGUUCAGGGGGUUUCUCAUCAAAGAUGCAGAGGCAAUACCGAUGUUCCAUGAACUAGUUAUGGGUUCUUGGGUGAAUGUGUGCACUUACGUCCAGGAAGAAGACGGCCAGUGGUGGCAGCACUUGUGGUCCAAGUCAGAAGAUGCCACGGAGGUGCUCGUGGAUAAAUAUUGCCUUGUACCAGCUCGGAUGCCACAGUAUCACCCAUCAACGCUAAAUAUAAUGGGUAACGAUGUGUUCUACAGCUUUGGAGAUGCCCACAAAGUUAUGGAAAAGAGCGUGGAAAUAAUUCCAGAGACAAAGGAAUUGCUGGAACUGGUGGACCAGAAUCUGACACUAAAGAGGAAUGGGCAGUUCCCAGUCAUAGUCAUUGAAGGAUUGGAUGCAACAGGGAAAACUACACUGACACGCUCUCUGACAGCGGAGCUCAGUGCCGCUUUGCUGGGAUCUCCGCCGCAGUGUCUGUCUCCAUGGAGACAGCGCUUCGACUCAGAGCCCGCCCUCCUCAGACGGGCGUUCUAUGCCAUGGGGAAUUACGUCACCGCUAGCCAGAUUGCUGUGGCAAGCCAGCACAGUCCCGUCGUGGUGGACAGGUACUGGCACAGCACUGCGGCCUAUGCCAUCGCCACGGCGGUAGCGGGGAAGGUGAGUAACCUGCCUGGCCCCGGGUCCGAGGUGUACCGCUGGCCGAGUGACCUGCUGCGCCCGGACCUGGUCCUGCUGCUGACCGUCAGCCCGGAGGAGCGGCUGAGGAGGCUCAGCGGGAGGGGCGUGGAGAAGACCAGGGAGGAAGCGGAGCUGGAGGCUAACCACCUGUUCCGCACCAAAGUGGAGCAAGCCUACAAGAGGGUCGAAGAUCCAGCCUGUGUCGUGGUGGAUGCCAGUCCUCCUCCAGACCAAGUGCUUCAACAAGUGCUGCUUUUAAUUAGAGACAAAUGCCACUUAUAGUCCCGUUUCUUAGAGAGAGCCUCUACAGAGGCUGCAACCUGUUCUGACCACUGGGUGGCACUGCAGUCCUAUGAAAGAGCUCCCUCCUCGAUACCCCAUACAGGACUGACUUCAUUUAACAGCCACGGAUAUUCACAGUCCCAGCAAUUUUGUUUGGAGAACAGAAGGCACAGUGCAUAGCCAAUGAGCAGCCAGAGAACACACAGACUGGUAUGAAUGCCUGAAUGUGUCUGCCAUAUUACACAUUUGGUUCCGUUAUAUAGCAGGAAUCAUAUGGUUUGGACACAUUAAAUUUGACAAGCACACAUAAUUUUACGGUGACUGUUUAACAAUGACAUCUACUAUUCUCUGCUAGAGGAAAUGAAAGUGGAAGGGGAUCUGUAUUCAUAAAUCAAAACAAUUCUAUUUGCACACACAUGGCUUCAAAGGCCAGCUUUGAACCUCUCUCUUCUUGAAGUUGUUGCAAUUUGGCAGUACACAAAGUGUGGCCUGUUCAGGCUUUGUCACACAGUGUGAUAGCACAGCGGCCAUCAAGCCUAAUAUUGUACAUAAAAUAAAAGGUUUAAUACAUGAGAAUAAAAUCCUUCCUAGUGGCUAUUGACAACUUGCUUCACACGUGUAGCAUUUCAAGCUUAUGCUAAUAAAAGAAGAGUUUGUUCUCCUUCUCA